ACUUCUCCUUCGACACCGAGCGCAGCCCCGGGCCCCUCAGCUGUGACAAGGCCACGCAGACCCCCAGCCCGCCCUGCCAGGCCCUCAGCCACUGCCUCAGCGCCAUGGCUUCCCGAUGGCAGUCUCACUCGCUAGCAGACGACAUACAGCCCGAAAUCUGGAUUGCACAGGAGCUGCGGCGCAUUGGAGACGAGUUCAAUGCCUCCUAUUGUCCAAGAAGGGGUUUCUUGGAUAACCAGGCAGGAAACCCCCAGAUCAUCAUUUUGCGUCUCCUGCAUUACAUCAUCCGCCUCAUCUGGAGGAUGCAGGACGUCCGGCAGGGGCUGUUGAAUGAGGAUGGACGUCCCAUGCUGACCUGUUGGGACUCUCCGAUGGAGGAUUUUAUCUGA